AUGGUAUAUCCAAUUCUCAUUGCCUCAUUUUCUAUUGCUUGUGUUGGCAUUAGUUUUAUUGGUCUUUUACUUGGUUCUUGGUAUGUCGAACGAUGCGCACGUGAUAAUGCUUCAAGAUGGUUACUUACGUUAAUUCUGAUUGCUACUUUCUGCAGUCUUUUAUUUUCUAUCAGUGUUUGGGCACUGAUGUUAACAACAAAUGCACAACAAAAAGUAUUCGAACUUAAAGAUGUUCGUCUGAAAGAUUUUGGCUUUUCAUUUUGGAUCAAUGUGGUAUCAUUUGGCACAUAUUUUUAUGCUUUUAUUGUUUAUCUAGUUGCUAUUUGUAAGAGCUGA